AUGGCACAAACGUAUCCCGCCGCCAACUCGCCCGUCGGCAACAUUGCCUCUCUCGAGGAUAAAGUCGCGCUGAUCACGGGCGGGUCGUCGGGGCUUGGGAGAGCCAUUGCACAAGCAUACGCCGCCGCAGGAGCAUAUAUUGUCUCGGCGGACUUGAAGCCCUCGCCUCCGCCGCAGCCCACCAUCGCUGGCAUGCUCAAGGACGCCGACUUGGCGACGCCCACGGUUGAGCUGGUGAAUUCCAAGUGGCCCACGACCAAGCCGGGCGUGGACAGGGCCAGCUUCGUCCAAUGUGACGUGACGGACGAGGAGAGCGUGAAAGGGGCGGUGGCUUUUACCGUACAGAAGUAUGGCCGGUUGGAUAUCAUGGUCAACAAUGCUGGAAUCUCCGCCGAAACCGGCGCGAAAGACUACGCCGGCACAUUCAAACGCAUCCACGAGACGUCCGUGGCGGCGCUGGACCAGACGUACGCGGUGAACAUCCGGGGCGUGUGGCUGGGCACGAAGUAUGCUGUGACACAGAUGCUCGGGCAGGAGCCGCACCCACGGUUCUCGCACACGGGCGGCACCGCGACGACGGACGUGCACCGCGGAUGGAUCAUCAACAUGGGUUCCAUCCUGUCGAGCGUGGGACUGGCGGGGGCGUCGCCGUACUGCGCGAGCAAGGGGGCGGUGCUGAACCUGACACGCGCGACGGCGCUCGAGUAUGCAAAGGAUGGCAUCCACAUCAACGCCAUCCAGCCCGGCUUCACAGACACACACAUGCUCGAGAACAUGUACUCCAAGAUCGGCCGCGACAACAUGGACGCCUUGAUGAAGACCUGGCACCCCUGGGGCCACACCGGCAAAGCAGAGGACAUUGCCCGCGCCGCCGUCUUCCUCGCCGGCGACGGCGCUAGUUGGAUAACCGGCCAGUCGGUCGUGGUGGACGGCGGCUAUCUGGCACAGUGA